AUAUCUUUGCUGCUAAUUUAUAUGAGUCUGAUUGCAUGAAUGAAACGGAAUGGACUAUUUACCAAGACUGGCAUGACUGGAUGAAUAAGCAGUUUGGUCAAAGCCUAGCGCUGGAUGGGAUCAUUUAUCUCAGAGCCACUCCUGAGAAAUGCUUGAAUAGGAUUUACUUGCGUGGAAGAGAUGAAGAGCAAGAAAUUCCCAUAGAAUAUCUGGAGAAGCUUCACUACAAACAUGAAAGUUGGCUUCAGCAUAGGACACUGCGAACGGAUUUUGAAUAUCUGCAGGAAAUACCGAUUUUAACGUUAGAUGUUAACGAAGACUUCAAAGGCAAAAAGGACAGAUACGAUAACAUGACUGAAAAGGUCAAAGAAUUUUUGAGCACCUUAUAAGCCUCUUUGAAGCACAGGCAGAGUCAAACUGUUCCAAACAUCUGUGCGAUCAAAGUCUGAAGUACAGCUUCUGCUUUUAUAGGCGGCCUCUGGAGAGGCAGGACUCAAUCCUGUUGAUUUAAUUGUGAGGAACAAACAAACUUUGAAUAGGGAAAUUAUUUAAUAAAUCGUAGAUCUGUUCAGUAUUAUAUUAAGUAACACUCACACAUUCUGAAGAUGCUAGAAUUCUGAGAGUUCCUAAAUACUGCGCCUCUUCCUAAUCAGACCAAUAACAACUUCUGGAGUGUUUCAUUGUAUUGUUUUAAUUUAUUUUGUGCCUAGCAGCUAUUUAAUUUUCAAGAAGGUAGUGGCUUUUUAGACCUCUAUGGUGUGUUUUA